CCGAACAGGCAGUGACCUCACGGCGCCAUAUUAAAAUGCUCCCUCCUCUUUGCCUAUGAGAUCGUAGCUUAGCAGCAGCAGCUAGCCGCCAGUCUGCUUUUUACAUCCACUGACAGAGGGCAACGCCGUGAUGGAGAUCGACUCGCUUCAAGAGGCGCUCCGAGAUUUUGAUAAGAAAGCAAAGACGGAGGAAUGUCCUCUUCUAGAGCAGUUUCUAUGUCAUAUUGCCAAGACAGGAGAGACAUUGGUGCAAUGGCCUCAAUUCAAGAACUACUUCCUGUUUAAAUUGGAGAAUGUGCUGGAUGACUUCAGAGCCUCGGCGCCUGAGCAAAGAGGUCCUGCAAAUCCAAAUGUCGAGUCAAUUCCAUUCGAAGAUAUGAAGGAGAGAAUCCUGAAAAUUGUCAAGGGAUACGACGGAAUUCCAUUUACGAUCCAGCGCUUGUGCGAGCUGCUCACAGAGCCCAAGAGGAACUACACAGGAACAGAUAAGUUUCUCCGGGGAGUGGAGAAGAAUGUAAUGGUGGUAAGCUGUGUCCACCCAACCUCAGAGAAAAAUGGAUGCAGCGCUGUCAGCAGAAUGAAUGGAGUGAUGCUUCCUGGGAACACAUCUGCUUUUACAGAGAGGAAAGUGAACGGUCCUGGAACUCCCCGACCGCUGAACCGACCAAAGUUGUCUCUGGCCAACUCACUAUCAGCUAACGGCCUGCCAGACAGCACAGACAACAAAGACCUCGACACAGAGCACGACGACGACAAAGACUCCAGGUAUUUAAGAACCAGCUCAAAUCUAAUCACCCUGUUCCACAUAUGUGACCCGCUCUAUCGAAAUCAGUCGGAAGUUCGUCUCCCCACAGAACCCAGCAGCAGCACGCAGGCCGAGGCGUGUUCGGGCUCCGGUGCGGAGGCGGAGCAGGCGGAGAGGGAGGUGCCGUGCGGCUCCCAGGAGGAGGGCAACGACAUGGAUCAGACGGAGCAGCAGGCGCCGGUCCUGGAGGGUCCGGAGAGCAGCAGGGACAGCGAGGAGAGCAGCAGCGACCCGGUGAGCAGCAGCAGCAGCGGGAGCAGCAGCAGCUGCAGCAUAGAGGAGGGGGCGGACGCAGCCAGAGAAGACGUAGCCCCCUCCAGCAGUACCUCCGAACCCCCUACAGAGGGCGCCAUGGAAAGUGCCACCUUGAACACUGGGACCACAGAGGAGCCCAUGGAGCAGGACUAAACUCACCCCCCCCCCAAAAUCCCCCUUCUCUACCUGCAGCCAUGUGUGACCAUAAACCAGCUUGUUCUUGAUUCCAGCUUGACUGUCACUGGGAGCGAGGAGAACUGCACCUCGUACACAAGACAAAACGCCUCGUCCCGCUUUCUUUUUUUGGACACUCCUCCGAAAAUACCUGGCAUUGAUGUUGGCAUACAAAUACAAUUUUUUUCAUUUGAAGUUUUAUUUCUUAACUGGAAUAUUUUAUUGAUCUGUUUUUAAGUUGUCGCUAAAAAGGGGUUGGUUUCCGCAGCCUUGAGAUUCUUGGUUGGAUUCUUCCUGUUUCUUUGUGUUCAGAAGUGGUCUGGUUCCUUUUCUAAUACCACUCCAGUUAUUUGGACAUUGACGGGAUUUGUAGUCGACGUUUUGUACCCUUUAAGCCCAGUGUACCACUACCAGGGUCCGAACAGCCAUACCAGCCCCUGGUUAUUUAUAAAAACGUUACAAGCUACCCCCACCAUUUCUGUUCCUGACUGAAGCUCAUGUAAAAAUGUGAUUUGAAGGUAAACCCCCACCGUCACUGUAUAUUGUUACUCCACCAUGUUCCACCAAGGAUGUUGACAACAUGCAUUGUUUUAAAAACGAUUUCUACAUCCUUAUAAGAUGGCUUUUUUUUUUAUUUCAUUGUGUCCUUAUAUUAUAAUUUUUUGCAAUGAUACACUACCAAUCCAACUAACAAUACAAUGGCCAUGCUACAAGGCAUCUUCUGUAAAAUUAUAUAUUUUGGAUGCAUAAAAACCCACCAUAAUUUAUAAAAAGCAUUUCAAUUGGUUAAUUUGUUUCGUCUGCCAGUUGUAGUUUACAAAAACCAGCUGUAAGUACAAAGACGCUUUCUUUGUAUCGUGAUGUCACCAUGUUGUUCCACCGGCCGAUAUCCAGAGCAGUUUCUGGUUCCAGUUCUACACCUGUUUUCUGCAGCUGUACCUUUUGAUAUUUAGAAUUUUAAAUUUCUGUAAAGUAGAUUUUUGUAGAUUGUAAUACGGUAUGUGUUCACUGCCUUUGUGAAACCAUAUAUAAUUGUAUAAUUUCUGUGUAUACUCUGAAUGCUUUUGCUUUCAGUGCGGUAUUCAGAAAACAGCAAUAAAUGUUAACAUUUUUA